ACCAUCAUCACCAACAUUCCAACUCUAUUUACUAACAUCAGUAGCAGCACAAUAACAAAUCUCCCAUGCUGUAACGACGACCGUGACCAACCCGUCUUACUACUUACUACUAACAGCAACAACAAGAAGAAGCACGAAAACAACAACAAACCGUCACCUACCACCACCACCACCACCACCACCACCUCUACCACUACUACUACUACUAUCUCCAGUAGUACAAUAACAAACUGCCCUGCCGUGUCGUUCGUGACAUAGACACACAUAGAUACCAUCCACACAAAACACAAACACACACACACGCGCGCACAGAUCCCUACCGACAGAUCGUCCCCCAUCGCCGCCCUUAAAAAACCCCUCCACCUAAAGGCUCACCCCCACCAAAAAGGCUCACCCCCCGCCGCCGCCAUCAGCUUCUAACCAAGUCGGCCGUCGACACUUCAACGAUGCGGCUCUUUAACGCUACCAAAGCGAACUGCUCUUCUGCCAGAUAUUCCUCCUGUGCCAAUUCUGCGGACAAACGGUGCCAAAAACACGGCAAGAUGAGGCAAAACUACAUUCGUCUUUUCGCCAUUGUGUUUGCGACAUUGAUGUUCAUUCUCUCAGUAAUCAUCGCAACAUUAGCUGGGAAUCCAAAGAUUCACUGUGGACUUUUUAAUCAAACAAUUGCAGAUGUGUCAAGAAAAUAUUCCUCCAGCAUCACUCCUGCCUCUCAGACUUUCUUCAUUUGGUCCAUAAUCUACCUGUGGCAAGUCGUAUGGCUGCUCUACGGAAUGUCUUUGAUCUGUCGGAGACGUUCCCACCACUACCUCUAUGUCUUCCCACCAAUCCUGUCAACAACCUUCUAUGUUGCUUUCGCUGUCAACAACAUAUUCACAAUUGCCUGGACUUUUGUUUGGAUUCAUGAGAUGAUACAAGUGGCCCUUGCCAUGCUUGCCGCUUCUGUAAUCUCCCUCUAUCUAUCCCUUUAUUGUUCCUUCAAAAACCUUUACAAGUUCCUCAACUUACUUUACAAAGAAGAUCUUGGCACUGAUGUCUGGUUGAUGCGUAUCCUGGUCCAGAAUGGAUUGUCUUUCUACGCAACUUGGAGUACUUUCGCCACACUGCUCAACUUUGCCAUUGUACUCAAUGACAGUGGUGGCAUCAAUAAAAAUAUGGCUGGAACAAUUACACUUGGAAUUGCGGCUCUCUUCAUGCUGCUGUGGUUCAUGCUUGAUUGCAUAAUUCUUGACAAAUAUGUCCGCUAUACAUUCUCACCGUACGUUGUGCUGAUCGUAGCCUUCACCGGAAUAAUGGUGCAGCACUUUGACCUGUCUCUCCAUCCAAGGAAUUCCAUCUUGACGUGUGUUCUGCUGGUCCUGUCGGCUCUGAUGCUUCUCUGUAAGUUCAUCACAGUCACAUGGCUCCACUCGCACCAACCGAUCAUCAUAAAAGCACCGAUAUACGCUCUGCCGACAACUCAUAACAUGAAUUGAUAAUCUGAAGCAACCAGAAAAGACGAACAAAUUUGUGGUACUUACUCAAUUAGCUUCCUAUAUAUAUAUAUAUAUGUAUAUAUAUAUAUAUAUAUAUAUAUACACAUACAUAUAUACAUGCACACACACAUGUACACAAGUUUAUUUUUGUUAUGAGGAAGUUUAAGGUAUGUAAAUAUUGUUGUUAAUAUUCUUGUUGAUGUCAUCCUUCUAACCAUUUAUUGACGAAUUAUCUUGCCUAUAUUCUUCUCCCUGUCUCUCUCUUUCUCUCACAUAUAUAUAUACUUAUAUAUAUAUAUA